CGCUUGUGAUCAUCGAGCCAUGCACCCACAUCUUCUUUCCGUGCCUAGUCCCAUUUAUCCCUUAUCGAUUCCUUAAGGAGAUUUAGAUAAAGACGGCAUUGUUCACGCUGAAUUGUUACCCGUUACCACAGUUCAUAUCGAUCUAUGGUACACAGUGCAUGGUACAGACCAGGCCCCCGUAUUUCUUAAAAUUGCUCUCUUCAGAAAGAAACAUUGUACGUAUGAGUAGCAAAGGAAUAUAUGCACGAUACAUGUUUAAUAACGUCUCUAUACGCCCAAGAAGAGACAAAGUUUGUAAAGUUUAAUUCCAUGACUAUGGAAUUCCUGUUCGUCAGGAUGAGAUUGCGCUUCAAAUAAAAAGGUAUACAAACUCUGUGCAUUGAAUCGUCGUGCUUGGCGAGACUUAUCGGAUAAUUUCUGAAGCUGUUUAUGAACGUAUUGAUCAUCAGCUCCCGUGCUUGAUAACUUUAAUAAAGAGGAGCAGAGGAAAAGGACAAGAUUUGAUAUCCAACUUCAACAUGGGAUGUCGCUCUGGAAGAUGCCAUCUCCGCAAGUGGGCCGCGGAUACUUCUGACUUACACGGUCUCAAGCAUAUAGCAGGAUCUGGAAACUUAUUUCGCCGUCUCGUCUGGCUGUGUCUCUUCCUGACUGCACUUGGUUUCUGUAUUUACGAAUGCUAUCUUGUUUUUGUGGGAUUUUUAUCCUUUAACCAUGUCACUCAGGUCGAUGUCUUGUAUAGCACCGAAGUGGAGUUUCCAGCAGUGACCGUCUGUAAUAUUAACAAAUACAGGGAAUCAGCCUUUACAGAGGAUGAUAUUAAAAAUGUCGGCGUUCACCUAGGUAUCAUCGAUGAAGAUCAUAACCUUCUCUUGCCUGAGCUUUACACUGAUGAGUUCAGAGAUUUCAUUGAUUCUGUUAACUGGACUGUCGUGGAGGAGGAUCCUGAUUACAACAUGACCGACUUCACCAUCAGAACCGGACAUCAGAAAGAAGACAUGAUACUUUCGUGUUUGUGGAAAGAGGAACCGUGUGAAGAGAGCGAUUUCCAACAUAAACUAACACAUCUCGGGAACUGCUACUCGUUCAAUCUGCAAGGAGCAAACUCGGAUGAAGCCGACUGGAAGCACUCAUAUGCUGCGGGUGCAGCCAAUGGCUUACAGCUCAUCCUGAACAUGGAGACUCCCGAGUAUACCCCGACCAACGAUCUAGAUGGAGGAGCCAUGGAUGCGGGUCUUCGGAUCAUGUUCCACUACCCGACGGAACCCCCGUACCCCAAGGAACUUGGUUUCGCAGUCGCCGCGGGAGAUCACUCAUUCAUCUCCAUGCGGCAUGAAAAGAUCACGAGUCUACCCGACCCUUACUCCGAGUGCGAGUCGGAUGGCGCGGACAUCAUAACCCACUUCGACCACUACUCCCUGCAAGCGUGUCGGAUAGAGUGUGAAACCCUGGUCGUCGUAGCCGAGUGCGGUUGUCGCCUCCCCGAGAUGCCAGGCGAUGAUGAUGUAUGCGGUCCAGCUGAUUUACACGAGUGCGCGCACCCUACUUUAGUUGAAUUCAUCACUGGGAACUUGGAUUCAGCAGAGAGUUGCGAAUGUUUCUCGCCCUGUGAAGUGGAAAAUUAUCCGUUUACCCUUUCAACUAGCAGACUGCGCUUGACCUACCUUGAAGCACUCUUUGCGAAUACCAGUACAAACUUCACAGCUGCAUACAUUGGCGAAAACAUCGCAGUGGUAUCGAUGUACUACGAGGCUUUAAAUUUCGAGACAAUCGACAUGUUGCCAGAGUAUACUGUUGCAACAUUGUUAGCCGUUCUUGGAGGUAAUCUUGGUCUGUUCUUGGGUGCCAGUUUCCUGACAUUGGCCCAACUCGGAGAGUACUGUUUCGAUGAGGUGGUCGGCUGGUGUAUCUGUACGCCAAAAAAAGAAGACGAUGAUAAAAACGACGGUGGAAACAAAGUCGGACACGUUCCUACAGUUACGGCUAUGGAUGCUUGGGGUGCUCAAAAGCUCUAGAAUAGGAAGAUCACGCAAUGCUAUCCAAUCAGAAUGACCCCUUGAGUAGUAAUAGCUGGUACCCUCAUCGUGAUUGGAUAAACGUUCAUUAGCUAAAGGUUCAAGGGUCAAGCCCUGAACGGGUUAAUGCCAUACAUGGUACUCUGUUCCUUAUUGGUAAACACUGAUUAGCGAAAGUUGAUUUUUAUUCUUCCAAUGAGGAUCAACACAUGGAGGUGUUAGUCGUGCAGCCUGAUAUCCUACUCCUGAUUGGCCGAAGGCAUAUUGGCUAAACUUUUAAUGACCAAUCAGGUAAUAUUUUCGAACGAAUAAGCUGCGCUGCACUGGUACCUUAUUCCUGAUUGGCUAAACACUAAAUAGCUAAACUGGCAGGUGCCAAUCGGGUUCUGUCUCUAUCAUGUCUACAGGAGCUAUCUAAACCCUCACCCUUAUCGGCAUAACGGUUGGAAGAAGAGCCGAACUACUGAUUGAAGAUUGGAUAGAACAUCAGCUAUACAAA